AUGAAGGUUGUCGUAGAAGAAUACAACCCUGAGUGGGCACUCCAAUUCCAGCAAAUCAAAGAAGAGUUACAGCAGGCCCUGAAGGGAGUCAAAUACAUCGGCAUCGAGCAUGUGGGCAGCACGUCUGUCCCAGGAUUGGCCGCCAAACCCGUCAUCGACCUCUCUAUCAUCAGCACCCGAGCCGACGUGGAGGCUGCUAUCAACGCAUUGACGUCAAAGGGAGGAUACAUUUACAGAGGGGAAAUGGGUAUCCCGGAUCGUCACGCCUGGGGAAACCCGGGGCAUUUCCAGCGAGGCAUCUCUAUGUCUCUGUGGACGGAUGCCAGUCCAUCAGGAACCAACUGGGGUCAAGGAAAGCUCGAGCUGUGCAAGCGAGACUGGAGAGACGUCGAUCAGUAUUGCCAGGCCAAAAACGAUAUUCUAGCGUGGGUGCUGGAGAAGGCCGGGAUGAGCAGCGAAGAGCGGGAGCAAGUGAGGCAACUGAACACGACGGCAAGCUCCUAG